AUGUGCCUAGUCGCAACUUGCCAUGGCCUGACAAGGCCUGAGCUAUCUAAUCUAGCCGCCAAUCCGCUGGUUUUCAUUGGGAUCUCGCGAACAGUUACCUUAUGCACACUUCCUUUAGACAUGAUUUGUCCCAGUCAACUCUGCCACAAAAUAAAAGUGUCAUUUGGCGUACCACUAACGUGGGCACAAAAGUUCUGA